AUGACAUCUUCACCAUUUUCAGGCCUCGAGGGCUACACCUCCAAGAUCAUUCCCUAUAAGUCAGGACCCGAUGGCGAUAUCCUCCUCGAUGUGGUCUAUCCCGAGGAGACAGGUGGUCUUCCGAACACGGUUCUCAUGCACAUCCAUGGUGGAUUCCUGAUUGUCGGAGACAGAUACAGCUUUAUGCCACACUGGCUCGUCAACGCAGCAGUCGCUCGCAAAUGGAUCUUUGUCACGCCAGACUACCGCCUCGUCCCCGAGUCCACAGCUCAUGCAUCGCUAGAUGACACUGUAGAUGCCUACAAUUGGGUGCGCUCUUCACUGGGUGACGUGAUCGGUCGCCGUAUCGAUUCAGUGUUGGUAGCGGGUUCCAGUGCUGGUGGAUAUCUCGCUUUGUCCACCGCGAAUGCUGUGAAGGCGAAGCCUGAGGGUCUUCUUCUCAUUUAUGGAAUGCUCGAUGCUGCAGGCUCGCGAUAUACUACGCCUGGAACUAAUAUUUGGAAUCAAGAGCCUUUCGAUACGUCGUCUGUGUUGGGCAAGUUUCCCAAGAGGAAGGAGAAUGAAGAUCGAAAGGCGAUUUCUGGGUAUCCCCCACCCGAGAAAAUGGAGGAAGAUCCCCGGUUCUCAGUCGCUUCAGCUCUGCAUAUCGAUGCACUGUUUCCAGACUACAUGACCGGCGUCGAUGGUCUCAGCCGCGAAAUCGCCAAUAAGGGCACAGACGCCAUUCCAGAAGAACAUCGUCGCCUGUACCCUCUUUCGUUCGGCAAGCUCGCCGAACUACCUCGCACUUACCUUCUACACGGCAAGAAUGACUCUGCUGUCACUGUGGAAUGCAGUGUUGUCGCUGAGAAGAAGCUUCGGGAUGCGGGCGUUGAAGUGGUGCAGGAUUUCCCUGAAGACGCGGAGCAUGGGUUUGACAGUAGGGUUGGAAACAUUGAUGUUGAGAAGAAGGAUGCGGAUGGGGUUGCUAAUGUUGAGAGUUUAAGGAAUGCUAUCCGGUUCCUUGAGGCUUCGGUCAAGAGCUGA